AACGGCAGCCCGCAUGGAGACAGUUUGAAAUUAGAGUUCAAAGCGAUCACAGUUAUUACAAUCCGCGAUUUUCAACGAGUUUUUGAAUGAUUUUAAUUUUAAAUAUUUCACUAAUAUAAAUUUUCUUCCUUAUUUUGUUUUUUUUCGUGAGUGUGUUAAACAUCUAUUAUGGUUGGCAAAACGGCUAUUGGUAUUGAUCUAGGAACGACUUACUCCUGUGUGGGAGUAUGGCAGAACGGCAAGGUGGAGAUCAUAGCCAACGACCAAGGUAACAGGACUACCCCAAGUUAUGUGGCGUUUACGGACACCGAACGUUUGAUUGGAGACGGAGCCAAAAAUCAAGUGGCUAUGAACCCCAACAACACUGUGUUUGAUGCCAAACGCUUAAUAGGCCGGCGUUUCGAUGAUGAGAAAACACAGGCGGACAUGAAGCACUGGCCUUUCAAAGUGGUCAACGAUUGUGGAAAACCAAAAAUCCAAGUGGAAUUCAAAGGUGAGCAAAAAGUAUUUGCCCCAGAAGAGAUCAGUUCGAUGGUGUUGACAAAAAUGAAAGAAAUCUCUGAAGCGUAUCUGGGUAAGAGUGUUACUGAUGCAGUAAUCACAGUACCCGCAUACUUCAAUGACUCGCAGAGGCAAGCCACAAAGGACGCUGGAAUUAUAGCUGGCUUGAACGUUAUGAGAAUCAUAAAUGAGCCCACAGCUGCUGCUUUGGCUUACGGUCUGGACAAAAAUCUAAAGGGUGAAAAAAACGUUCUGAUAUUCGACUUAGGCGGCGGUACAUUUGAUGUUUCCAUACUUCAAAUUGACGAGGGUUCUAUAUUUGAAGUAAAAUCUACUGCUGGUGAUACUCAUCUGGGAGGAGAAGAUUUCGAUAACAGAUUAGUAUCACAUUUGGCUGAAGAGUUUAAGAGAAAAUUCAAAAAGGACGUGAAGAGCAAUCCAAGAGCUCUGAGACGCCUAAGAACAGCUGCUGAAAGAGCCAAGCGGACCUUAUCAUCAAGUUCGGAAGCAACAAUUGAAAUUGAUGCCUUAAUGGAAGGUAUUGAUUUUUAUACAAGAGUAUCUCGCGCUCGUUUUGAAGAACUGUGUGCUGACCUGUUCAGAUCUACGCUUCAACCCGUGGAAAAAGCAUUGGCAGACGCUAAAAUGGACAAGGGAGCCAUACACGAUGUAGUAUUGGUUGGUGGAUCUACGAGAAUACCUAAAAUACAGAAUCUACUACAAAACUACUUCUGUGGUAAGUCACUUAACCUUUCUAUCAAUCCUGAUGAGGCAGUAGCAUAUGGUGCUGCUGUUCAAGCCGCCAUUCUUAGUGGAGACACCAGUUCUGCAAUACAAGACGUCUUACUUGUCGACGUUACUCCGCUAUCGCUGGGAAUUGAAACAGCUGGCGGUGUUAUGACUAAAAUUGUCGAGAGAAAUUGUACAAUUCCAUGCAAACAAACACAGACAUUCACUACUUAUUCGGAUAAUCAACCAGCAGUCACUAUACAAGUAUUUGAAGGAGAGAGAGCAAUGACCAAGGACAAUAACCUGUUAGGAACUUUUGAUCUGACCGGUAUACCUCCAGCACCUAGAGGUGUACCCAAAAUUGAUGUGACUUUCGAUUUGGAUGCUAAUGGCAUUCUGAACGUUUCGGCUAAAGACAACAGUUCUGGUCUUUCAAAAAAUAUUGUUAUUAAAAACGACAAAGGCCGGCUAUCUCAAGCUGAAAUUGAUCGUAUGCUAAAUGAAGCUGAGCGUUACAAAGAAGAAGAUGAAAAACAAAAGGUUAAAAUUGCUGCUAAAAACCAAUUGGAAAGCUAUGUAUUUGGUGUGAAACAAGCAUUGGAUGGUGCUGGGGACAAACUCAACGAGUCAGAAAAGAACACAGCUAAACAAGAAUGUGAUACCGUAAUACAAUGGUUGGAUAGCAAUCAGUUGGCCGAAAAAGAGGAGUACGAGUACAAACUAAAGGAAAUACAAAGUAAGUGCUCUGCAUUAAUGAUGAAAAUGCAUGGAGGACAAGCAGGUGGAGCACAGAUGCCAGGCAGCGGUAGUUUUCCUGAAGCUCAAUCCCGAGGACCUACUGUUGAAGAAAUAGAUUAAAUUUGUACAAAGUAUGCUUAAAAUAUAUUUGUAUACCUCUCGUAGUGUUAAGCUAUGCCAUCAUAAUGUAAUGUACUGUACUACAUAUAAACAUAUUCCUAAUUGUAAUUAAACUUAUUUUAAAAUUGUGAAAUGUAAAAGGAAGUAGUAAAUUGUUGUUAUCUAUAUUUUAUUUGUAAAUGUAUUAAAGCAUAGACUGAUUUUUAUUUAAUAAAAUAUAUUAUGAUACAUUUUAA